AUGAGCUUUAAAAAGCAGGAUGCUGAGGGAACUGGGGUCUUGAUGGGAUGGGAUGGGAGCAGCGUCGAGAUGGGUGAGAAGCGUAGCAACGAGGAGGAGUUAUCUAAGAGGCAGAAGAAGCUGAAGCACGGGAAGCUGGCGCAGAAGCGGAGGGAGCAAGCCGCGUAUGAGGAGGAGAAGUUGCGGAAGCUUCCCAUGCAAGGAGCUGAGGCGAUCAGCGAGCACUUUGCCACUGUGAUCCGGGCACAGAACCCUGAUCUGAGUGCGAUAGAGCUGGACGAGAUGUACUUGAAGAAGAGCGAGUUCCUGGGCACCGAGGCGUUCGACGGUGUGCGGAACUUGCACGAGUUUCCGGGGUUCAUGGCGAGGUUCUCGAGGGCGCCCAGGGCCAUUGUGCUCUCGAUGUCGAACAUCCGUGUGGCGGAUGUGUACAGGAGUCUCGGUGGCAGCUCCCAAUGUGUGAAGCUGUUUGCCAAGAACAAGUUGCAUGAGGACGUGGCCACCGUGGAGUCUGUCCUGGGUGCGGACAAGGACAAGAAGGAUAAGAAGGACAAGAAGGACAAGGACAGCAAGAAGAAGAUCAAGUACUUUGUGGCCACGCCUACGAGAUUGGAGAAGCUGCUGGAGAGCACAGAGCUGUUCUUUGAAGGUAAGGACAAGCUGGACAUUAUCCUGGACGCCAGCUACCUCGACAGCAAGAAGAACUCGCUGCUGGACUCUGAGAACACGAAAGUGCUGUGCAAAGUGUUGCGGACCAUGCUGGACAAGAAGAGUUCAGUCAAAGUAUUGUUGUACUGA